AUCAAGAAGUUAUUAUUUUAUUCGCAAUAUGCUUAAGAAAGUAUAUUUGUAAAUGAAAUAGCGUUUUAAUAUAGCUAUGUGAGUUUAUAGUGAUUAUAAAAUACACCAGAACGUAAAGACACGUCGAAGACACAAUUUUCCCGCCGGCACAAUACGCGCGCCUUUUUUCCCACAACUACCUGCAAAAUUUGCUUACACAUGCAUGUCGUCUACAACAACAACAAUAAUAACAACUUGGGGGAUAUAUUUAAUCCUGACUACAUCGAUGGGCCGUUAACGUCCAAGAAGAUGAUAAUUGGUUCGUUCUCAAUGUUCGUGAUAUUUUCAUACCUCAAACUGCUCUACAUACUCGUGGCAAUCUAUCUGGCGCUGCACCACGUCCACUAAGAAAAAAAGCGAAAGAGGCACGUU